AUGGGUCGCCGCGACCCGUUAGCCGCGAACCGCGCGGCGCCGGCCAGCCGGGCAGCCCCAAAAGCAGACAAAAGCAGCCCCGCCAGCAGCCGCGCCGGCAGCCCCAGAGGCCCGCCGGCCGUCGACCCCGCAAAGCUCAAAAUAGAAAACUGCCGCGGCCCGCUCAAGAAGACGUCUAAAAGUAGACUCAGCGGCCGGGCGUGGAAGAAGCGCUGGUUACGGGUGAGACUCGACCUGAAAGAUAACGAGAACUACGCCCUGACGUACCACAAGAAGGAGCACGAUGAUGCGCGGAUGACACUAGCGCUCGCGGGCUGCGCCGUGAGGGAAUUAGAGGGCGCCGAUGGCUGGCGCGACUUCCGGGUCUUCGACGCGCACGAGGCCUUCGAGCUCCGCGCGUCGUCGACGGAGGAACGGCGGGCCUGGAUUGAUAGUUUGCGGCACGUGAUUACGGUGGCGGACGCGCGUGCGCGCUGGAUCGAAGCGAACGCGUCGCCACGACCUGACGCUUCCCCGCCCGCCGCGCGCGCCGCCGAGGAUUCGGCGGCGCCGCCACCUAAGGCGCCGCCGCCCGCAUCACCAGCACCGCCUGUGGCGCCGCCGCCCCCACCCGACGCUCCGCCGCCCGCCGCGCGCGAAGAACAACCCACAACAUCGCGCUCUUCGGCGUGGAACGAGGUGCUCGGAGGAGGAGCUGACGGCGCUUCGCCGCCGACUCGGGUCCGCAAGGCUACGCCGCCACGCGAAUCUUCACCUGGUGAGCCGUCUGCCGCGCCACCACCCGCACCGCCAGCACCGCCCGUGGCGCGCGCCGCCGAGGACUCAAAGGACCGCGCCGCGCGCCUCGCGGCCGAGCUAGACGGUAUGAUGCGCAAGCUCGAUACGCCCGCGGCCGCGUCGCCAGGACCCGAGGCGCCGCCCGCCGCGCCGCCGCCGCCGCCUGGCGCACCGCCCGCGCCGCCGCCCCCACCUGACGCGCCGCCGCCCGCCGCGCGCGCCGCCGAGGAUUCGGACCGCGCCGCGCCGCCACCACGGGAGUUCCAACACGACGAUGAUCAGAUAAAGCGGCUCCUCGGCGAGUACGGGACCGGCCGCGCCGACAACGCGACGUUCGUCGUCGAAGUAAGGUGGGGCGCGCGCCGCGGGGCCCUCGUCGUGGCGGACCCGCAGAAGCUGCGCCGCCCGAAGUGCGCCUGCUGGCCCCACGAGGUCCUGGCUGCUUUGGGGAUCGGCGGCGACCACCCGGCGGCGCCGUGGCUGCGCGUCACGGCGCUGCAGCGCGCCGAGGACGCCUUUGUGUUUGGGCCCAGUUUACGAGCGGACCGGUUGACUCCCGAUGCGUCGUAUGAGGUGGUCAUGGCGGACGAGCGCGCGUCGAUGCUCGAACGGUUGAGUGAAGGGGAUCGCGACAAGGUCGAGGCGGCCGUAUCGAGGCACGGCGACCCAUUGCGAGCGGAUCGGCUCGCUGCCGAUUUCAAAGCCCGAGCUCAACGAAGGCUCAAAUCUAUCGACCGGCAAUUCGCCGCGGCCCAAUCCAAAAACGCGGCGCUGCGGGACGCGCACGCGGCGCGCGUCGCCGACGAUGAAAGGCGGGCCCUCGCAAAAGUAACCGCCGCGACCGUCGACGGCAAAAUCGAUCAUAUGGAUUCGCUGCUCAUCGAGGCAUCGUACCUAGAGACGUCGCUCGACACGGAAAGAAUACCACUCUUCUAAUGUUCUGUGAAU